AUUAUUAUUAUUUUAUUUGAUAAUGUCAAUAUUGCCUAAUGCUAUACCAGACGAAACUAUAGCUGAUCUUGUACAACAACAUCUAGUUGGUUCUACAGGUGAUACAGUAGAAGAAGGUGAAUCGCAGCAAGAAGAACAACAAUUGCAACAAUUGGAAGACCAACGACAACAACCAAAACAACAAGGCACUUCAGAAACAGAUAUAACUACAAGUACGGAGGAAAUACCUGUUCCUUACCAUUUAGCAGGUGCGGCUGUGACACAUGAUAUUUAUACUCAUGCCAACUCUCUCAUUCAACAACAAAACCAACUUCAACGCUCAAAGUCCACUAGUGAUCUUCGUACAAAAGGUGGUGCUAUGGUUCAUGACGACGAUAAUGACGAAGACUCUAUGGAUGCUUUUGAAAACUUGGACAAGCCUGGUGGAUUUCGUCGGUUUCAUGUACAUCAACAACGAAUAUUACGACAAGAAGGAAGAAAGAGUCCCGUGCAAGGAUCAACAUCUACCAAAAAUGGGUCAAGUCAUUCAUCUGGUUCUCAUCCGGAUACUUCCAACUUGAAAUCAUCUUCUGCUUUCCAUGAGUUAUUCCGUCCAAGUUCUGUUUCUUCACAGGAAUCACAAACAUAUACUGAUCUUUCUGACCUAUAUCGACCUCAUUCUUUAGCUCUCACAAUGUCUCCUAGUUUACGACAACAACAACAAACUUAUUCUUAUCCACCACAACGAACAAGACAUUUUUUGGAAUAUCUGGCCCUGACUUCUUUGAUGGAUCAUUUUGCUGGUGAAGAUCUCAGUGAUAGUGAUAAGGAAGAAGAGGAAGAUGAAGAAAGUCGUUUACCUGCUCAUGAACAAACACCUUUAUUACCCAGCAAUGCUAGACAAUUAUUACGACGACAUCGACAUCCGGAUGAAAAUAAUAAAGCUCAACGCAGAAAAUUACGUAGACAAAUGUCAGGCAUGCAACCAUCGGAUCACAAAACGGAUAUUACCAAAACUAUAUUCUUACUCUUCAAAGCAUUCAUCGGUAGUGGUAUCUUGUUCCUUCCCAAGGCAUUCUCUAAUGGUGGUCUUCUCUUUUCCAUCCUUGUUAUAUGGUUGAUGGGAUUUAUCUCUCUUUAUUGUUUUCUUCUUUUAUUAGAUUGCAAAAAGUUUAUGAUUGGAAGUUAUGGUGAUAUUGGUGAAGCUGCUUAUGGUCCUUGGAUGCGUCGCAUUGUUUUGUUUUCCAUUGCCAUUUCUCAGUUGGGUUUUGUUUGUGGUGGAACUAUAUUCAUUGUGGAAAAUGUUACAGAAGCUAUUCGUGGAUUAUCAAAUAAUAGGGUGUUAUUAAAUGCCAAUGGAUUAUUGACUCUGGUAUGUGUACUAUUGAUGCCUCUUGUCUUGAUUAGAAAUAUAGCUAAAUUGUCUCCUACCGCUCUAUUAUCUGAUGUCCUGAUUAUUUCUGGUUUAUCUGUUUUACUUGUCUAUGACUUGAUUCAAAUCUUUGUGAACAAUCCUGCUGCAUCAAACACACAUUUCCCUACAGCUGGUCCCAACAUGAUAUGGACAUUCAAUCCGGAUCAUUUUUCUGUGUUUAUUGGUACUGCAGUGUAUUCUUUUGAAGGGAUUGGUUUGAUUAUUCCUAUUCGAGAUGCCAUGGAAAAACCUGAAAAGUUUCCAUUGGUAUUGACAGGAGUGAUGUGUAUGGUAGCUGGUACAUUAUGUCUCGUGGGUACACUUGGCUAUGUCUCCUUUGGAAGCACUGUGGCAACUGUGGCGUUACUUAAUUUACCAUCUGGUACGUUACCCAAUAUGAUUCAACUUGGUUAUGCUGUGGCUGUGCAAUUAUCCAAUGUAUUGGCUCUUUUUCCUACCAUUCGUAUUGUUGAACAAGCUCUCUUUGGUGAUCGAACUGGAAAAUACAAUAUGCGAAUCAAAUGGGAAAAGAAUUUGGUGCGAUUUGCUGUAGUCGUUGUUACAGGUACAGUGGCGUUUUUUGGAGCAAAUGAUUUGGACAAAUUUAUCAGUUUAAUUGGAUCUAUAUGUUGUUGUCCACUUAGUUUGAUUUUUCCUCCAUUAUUCCAUUUGAAAUUACCUACAACAACUGGCAUCAAACGAAGGAUCGAUAUGAUUUUAAUUAUCUUUGGUGUUGGGAUUAUGCUAUUCACUUUGUACAACACUUCGAAACAAUGGGGAUCAGCCAGGUGACAAUGUCUGGGAACUUCCUUUUUUAGUUCUUAGAAGCAUCAUCAUCAUUAUCAUGAUCUUUUACACAUUUUUGUUUUAUUUUUGGUCUUUAUAUAUCAAUAAACAUCAAUCAAGCA